AUAUAUAUGCGUUUGCCGCUUCAGGGACUGCACACCGGUGAGGUGACGACGACUUGAAAGUGACGAGAGAAAGAGCUUUCGCGUUUCCUAAAAUGGACGAUUCGCCGGAAGUCGACGAGAGUUUCUCAGCGGAAGACGACGACGAAGACCUGUGCCGGAUUUGCCGAUCGCCGGAGGAGCCAGGAAAUCCGUUAAGGUAUCCGUGCUCGUGCCGAGGCUCCAUCAAGUUCGUUCACGGAGAUUGCCUUCGUACCUGGCUCAAUCGCCGCGGCGGAAACAACAAAUGCGAGUUGUGCGGGCGUAGCUACUCGUUUGUUCCCGUUUACUCCGAGAAUGCUCCGGAGAGGCUUCCUUGCGACGAGUUUCUGAUUGGAGUGUUACUGAGAGUAGCACAUUACUUGAAGUUGCUUCUUCUCUGGAUUCCUGUGAUUCUAUUCAACACACUCUGUAUCUCCUUGCAUCCGUCGUGCCAAGUGUUUGUUGCUGACGCCCAGACAGUCCUCAUGUCUCGCAAGCUAGCUUAUCUGUGGGUUAACUUUCUUUGCAGCAGUUGCGUCGCUUUUUCUAUCCUAAUUAUCAGUUUUAUAAGGAUUGAUGUAGAAGAUUUCAGAGUCGGGGGGCUUCCUGGUUGGUUUCUCCCUGAAGGAGGAGGACUUGUUGCUGGAGUUUUGCACUUCUUGUGGAAGUAUAUGAAGAUCCUUUGUGAUUGGUAUUAUCUUAAACUCAUACAGUUCUUGGGGCAACCUCAUCGAGUUAUACUUGUUCCUCCAGUCACUCUACUUGAUGAGUUUGGGGGUUUCCGGAGGCUUCUUUUCUUUUUCGAUGACCAUGUCUUUGCUGGCCUUGCCAUCAGCGUAUUUUGUUGUACCCUCUUUGUUCUUCUGCCGUUUUCAGUUGGAUGGGUUGUAAUAGCAACUGUUGGUGGCAGCUACUUGUCUGGAAAAUCGCCUGUUCUUCUUGGAUACAUUAUUCUGCAGUCAAGUUACUUUGCUUACUUUGGAAUCCUCUUCAUUCUCCAUCAAAGCUCACUUCCCGUCAUAGUUCGAUGCCUUGCGCUGGGGGUUCACUUCAUAACAGUAACAGUGACAUUGCCAUGUCGCUUGUUGGCUUUCUUAGUAAAGGCCUGUAAAAACAUAUUACUCAAUAAGGAUGCUUUUGUCUUGUUCUUAAAAUUUGGUGCUCUGCCUUGGAUUGUUGGUUGGUUCCUCGAUAUCUGCACCUCCCCUAUGUUUGGAACCAGGAGUUUUCAGAUAUAUGAGAUUUUUUUUUGGAUGAUGUCCUUUCGUUGGCUUUCGGGAGUCUGUUACUUGGUAACUGCUGCGAUCAUGCAAAUCCAAGAGAUCAUGCAUAAACGAGCCUUUUGGUAUCUCUUAGAUGUUACAGAUCCAAACUACAAGAUCACCAAACUGAAUCUUCGACACAUGUUCUUUGCUCUUGCUUCUCAUGGGGUAUUGUUGGUGAUUAUGUUUCACUUACCAAUUAAAUCGAUUACGCUUGUCAGUCCAUCUUUUUUCCCUCUUGAGUUAUGGGUCAGCGACGAAAGUUGUUUCAGUGGUGCUGCAUCCGCAAUUUAUUUCAGUCUAAUGCAUGCGGGCUCCGGAUGGUUAAUCGUAAUUACCAAACCAGCUAUGGAACUCAUAGUUCACAAGUGGAUUAUCACUGUUAGUUCUUGGCUUCAGCUGAGUGAUUUCUUGCUGGUAGUGCCCCGAGGAGAGGGCAUGAUGCAACCGAGAAGGCCUUAUGAUGAUAACGGUUUGUUGUUGUAUUCAUUAGCUGAAGGCUCUAUGGUCACAAUCUGUAAAUCACAUAAUGCUGAAAACGAUGUCAAAGAGCAAAGACAUAACAGGUAUCGGACAAGGAUUGCUAUAAUGUUGAUGCUAGCUGCUUUGAGUUUGUUUCUCGUUAGCACAGCCUUUAUGUCUUUGCCAAUUUUGGUUGGAAGAGUAUUCUCUUACUCUAUCUCCUUCAUCCUGCUAAGAUAUGGAGUCAAACAUGACGAUCUUUGUGCUUUUUGGAUUGGAUAUUAUAUCCUCCGAGCAAUCUAUAUCAGCCUUUGCUUUGCAUUUGAUCAUAUUUUGACGGGAAGAACUGAUUUCCUUGUCAAAUAUAUCUUGUUACGAAUAAGAAAUGCUCUUCUCUUCUCUAUAUGGAUCUCUAUCAUACCGGGACUGCUUGGCCUACUUAUCGACCUUAUGAUCAUCAUCCCCUUACGAGUGCCACUAAAUGAAUCACCAAUCUAUUUCUUGAUCCAAGAUUGGUUGAUAGGAGUAGUGGUGCUUCACCUCUGGACCUUUUUGACAAUGCUCACGCCUAUCAAGUGUUUUGCAACCAAGGCAUGGCGAAGGAAGUUGGAGAGAAUCAAGAGCGUGGAAAUCAAUAGUCUUCCUUCAAUGUGGCUGCUUCGAGAUGUGAUUGGCUCCAUCAUAAACACACUUCUGACCACACUCGCCAUCCCUUACGUGCUGGUGAAGUCUCUGUUACCGUUGCUUGGAUAUUCCCAAAGCGUCAAUGCAGCUACGGAGCGGUUUAUUUGGCCAGUAUCAUUAGCCUUGAUUGCGGUGUGGUUCAUGACAAAGCUAACAUUUGAGCUCAUUAUCUACUUGCACAAGUCGAUCUUCAAUGAACGGUACAUGGUGGGUGAGAGAGUUGGGGAUUUGACUGAAGAUCUCUAGAGCAGAAGGGAGGUACUAAUGCUAAUCCAUGGAGUAUGAAAAACACAACAAGGACUAACGAAUUAAAAUAUGUUAAUAUCUUUAACAAUAGUUAGGUUUCUAAUGGUGUAGAUCUUGUCCUUACUUUUGAAUGAGAUUAUAUUGUUAUAAAGUAAUGAAUAAUGGGAAUGAGUCCAUCUCUCUUUGACUAACGUCUCAUUUAUUUAGUUAACUAAUUAAAAUUUUAAGAGGCGUCUUUAUC